AUGACUAUUGACAAGAAUAAUAACAAGAUGCUAGUAACAGAUGAUGAAUUUUUGAGCUCAGACCUAUUCAUACGGUUAUCAUGGUCAAUAUAUUUCAAUUCUUCAAGUUUAAUAGAAACUCAAUAUUAUAAAGAUUUAGAAAAUUUAAUAAGUACAACUUGUUUAAAUAAAGUUACUUUAAUUCAUACAUUAUAUUAUCUUUAUCUAUUGGUUAAUCAUAAACCAUUUUUAUAUCAAUCAUCAAAUUAUAAAUUAUCAUCAUUUCAAAGUUCAUCAAGAAUAAAAUUAUUAUCAAAUUCAAAUAGAAAAUCAUCAAAAGAAUUAUAUGAAUUAAUUGUUAUAUUAUUUAUGAUUUCAAAUAAAGCAAAUGAUGAUUCUUCAUAUACAAUGAAAACUUGGAGUAAUUUAACUCCAUUAACAAAUUCAAUUUUAAAAAAGAAGGAAUUGGUUGUUUUGAAAAAAAUUCAAUAUAAUGUAUUUCUGAAGAAUGAUGAAUAUUUAAAAUGGUGUAAUCAAUUAUAUCAAAUUGGAUUAAAUUAUGGAUUCAUUUAUCAAUCUUCACCAUUAUCAUCAAAUUCAUAUCAUGUUCAACCUGUUCAACCUGUUCAACUUGUUCAACAAAUUCAACCACAAAAUUUCACAUAUACUCAACCUACACAAACUCAAAUUCAAACUUAUCCAUUAACUCCAAAAUCACCAAUUCAAGAUGUUUCUUAUCAAUUACCAUUACCUUCAAUGAUUCCACAACAAGUUUCUCAACCACAACCACAACCACAAGUUGUUCAACAACAAUAUUCAAUUCCACAAUCAACAAAAAGAUCAAUUUCUCAAGAAUAUCAUUCAUCACCUUAUAAAAAAUUACAUCAUGAUAAUACACCAUCUAAAACCAAACCUUUUAAUUGUUCAGCAUUGAAUAAACCAAAUUUAAAUUCAUAUAAAUAUAAUUCAAAUUCAAGAUCAAAUUCUAAUCCAAAUUCUAAUUUAUUAUUAACUCCAAUAAAGACAAAUCAAUAUGAUUAUCAAAAUUUAUAUGAUCAAUCUUCAAAUAAUAAUAUUUUCAAUAAUAAUGGAUAUCAAAAUCAAUAUACUAGUGAGAAUUAUAAUCCAAAUUAUUAUAUGAAUAAUUAUCAACAAACUCAAUCACAAUUACCUCAACAAUCACAAUAUCAAUAUCAAUAUCAAUAUCAACCUCAACCUCAACAAUCAAUUCAAUAUCCAAUUUAUGGUUAUCAAACACAAUUUCCUCAUCCACCAAAUUGUCCAUGUUGUCAAUUAACAAAUUAUACAAAUUCUUAUCAUUCUUCAUUAAAAUCAAUGAUUAAAUUAUAA